CAGGAUAAGCUGUUGUAUUCGCUGUUGCUAACGAUAAACCUGAUGAAGAGUAGAAACGAAAUCAACAUGGCGGAAUGGAUGUUUUUGUUGACAGGCGGCGUCGGAUUAGAUAAUCCCAAUGUCAAUCCGGCAGAUUGGCUCGUUUCAAAGUCCUGGGAUGAAAUCUGUCGACUGGACGACUUACCGGCCUUCAAAGGUAUUAUUAAACAUUUCACAAGUCACGUGAAGGAGUGGAAGAAAAUAUUCGAUUCAGGAGAACCUCAAGAUUGUCCGCUACCUGCGCCUUGGGACAAAAAAUUGAACGACUUGCAGAAAUUGCUUUUAUUGAGGUGUUUGCGAUUUGAUAAAGUUGUGCCCGCUGUUCAAAAUUUUGUUACAGCACACCUCAGUAAAAAAUAUAUUGAACCACCACCUUUUGACCUGACGUCUUCCUAUGCCGAUUCUCACUGCUGUAUUCCUCUAAUUUUCAUUCUAACUCCUGGUGCCGAUCCGACUGCCGUUCUUCUUAAAUUUGCCGACGAUCAGGGCUUUGGUGCUGCGCGGCUUUAUCCGUUGUCUUUAGGACAAGGACAAGGUCCAAUUGCAGUCAAACUGAUUGACGAAGGCGUCAAAAAUGGUACGUGGGUGGUUUUGCAGAACUGCCAUUUGGCGAAGAGUUUCAUGCCUACGCUGGAACGAAUCUGUGAAAAUUUAACUCCAGAUUCAACCCACCCAGACUUUCGAUUGUGGUUGACGUCUUAUCCUGCUGAGCAUUUUCCUGUGCUGGUCUUGCAGAAUGGAGUGAAAAUGACCAAUGAACCACCAAAAGGACUGAAGAAUAACAUCAUAAGAUCCUACCUGAGUGAUCCUAUUUGUGACGCAGAAUGGUUCGAGAACUGUAAACAGUCAGCGGUUUUCAAAAAACUUCUUUAUGGCUUAUGCUUCUUUCAUGCGUCUGUACAGGAAAGGCGAAAGUUUGGGCCUCUAGGUUGGAACAUCCCUUACGAGUUCAACGAGACUGAUUUAAGAAUUAGUGUUAUGCAACUACAGAUGUUCUUGAAUGAGUAUGAGGAUAUCCAGUAUGAUGCUUUGCUCUACUUAACAGGAGAGUGCAACUACGGUGGCCGAGUGACGGACGACUGGGACCGUCGAACUCUCUCGACUAUACUCAGAAAGUUUUAUUGCAGAGAACUGGUGGAAAUCCCGAAUUAUCCCUUCGAUCCCACAGGAGUUUACUAUUGCCCGGACAAGACGGAAUACGAAGAAUUCAUGAACUAUACGAGGUCUCUUCCUUUGAUUACCCAUCCGGAAGUUUUCGGGAUGCACGAAAACGCAGACAUCAUGAAGGACCAGCAAGAAACUAGUUUACUGUUUGCCAACACUCUGCUCACUCAGGAUGCUAUGUCAACCAGUGACUCCGCCAAAUCUCCCGACGACGUGGUGAUGGAGGUUUCUUCAGAUAUUUUGGCGAAGUUGCCACCAAACUUCGACCGGGAUGCCGCUAUGGAGAAGUACCCCGUAUCGUACACGCAGAGUAUGAACACCGUUUUGGUUCAGGAAAUGACUCGUUUCAACGUUUUGUUAACUGCCAUCAGGACCAGCUUGAAGAACGUUCAAAAAGCCAUUAAAGGGUGCACAACAAAACUAUGCCAGAAAAUAUACGAUUCCUAUCGAUCUCCUGACUUUCGAUUAUGAGGUUCAAUCUAGAUCUAAAUUCACCGAACCUCCUGCAGAUGGUGUCUACGUCUAUGGAUUGUUUUUAGACGGUGCUCGAUGGAAUUAUGAUAUAAUGGAGUUGGACGAAUCCCUUCCGAAGGUUUUAUACGAUAUUGUACCAUAUUUAUGGUUGAAGCCAGUGAAGAGAGACGAUCUCCUCCCGAAAAAAACGUAUACGUGUCCGGUGUACAAAACGUCUGAAAGGAGAGGCGUUUUAUCUACCACAGGACAUUCGACGAAUUUUGUAAUUGCCAUGACUCUGCCAUCCUCCCAGCCGCAGGCACACUGGAUCAUGCGAGGUGUAGCAAUGCUUUGUCAGUUGUCCCAGUAAUUAGGAGGGUUUGAUUACCUGUACGAGUUUUUAUAUUUCACAGUAUCAAUAUAUUAUGAAUAGUAAUAAAAUGAAUACUUUUUCGAAA